AUGGUGACAACACGAGGAGGAGGCAGCAACCGAAGGGAUCUUCAAUCUCCGAAUAGACCACCUCGUACUCCAGGAGGAGGACGGAAGACACCAAAGACUCCGACAUCUACUGCUAGAAGCAGAAUCACAGAGGAUUCAGACAACGAGAGUCGAAAGAGUGCAAAGAGUAGAACAAGCACAAGCUCUACCGCGACACGCGAGAGACUUCCGCAUUGGUUGGAGAAGCAGCUGUUGAAGGAUCUGGAAAGGUUUGGAUUGCAGAAUAUUGGGAAGGGCAAGAGAUUCGCUUUAGAGAAGGACAUCCUGGAGAAAGGAGAUCGGAGAGCUUACGGAUACAGAGGAGACGAGACUCGCCGAAAGCUAUCUCUCAGGGUGCAAAAGCUCAAGCGCCUUCCACGAGAGAAAUAUUUAUUGAAGCUCUCCAAAUUUGGUGUGAUACCAUUUGAGGCAGCAGCUUGGCAGCAACGAAAAGGAGGAGCAGAGUCUGAUUCGAGUAGUAGUAUCUCUUCGAAGGACGAGGACACACCGAGGAAAGUCACCCCCAAGAAGAAGAAUCGCUCAAAACCAAAGAAAGAUUCUGGACCGCCUGAGCUCAUCACAACCAAUAGCCCAUCGGAGCUUCUGCAGCCCUUGCUUGGCCUCACUGUCGAAACCCCACCAAAAAAGCCAACAAAAAACGAUAGCAGCAAGAUGUCAGGCGACCGUGGUCCCCCAUUCAAUCGCAACCAGCCGAGUAAGUUAUUUGCGGCAUCCGCAAUGAGUAUCUACUUUUAUCCAGCCAAUGCUCUUACACCAAUUUGUCUUUCUUCCAAAGCUACGAUUAUGGUUGACACUGAGUGGCCAGAGAACAACCGCGAAUUCAUGGUGUACGCGGUGAAGGAUAUGCCAUCCGUGACAAGGAACAAGACGGUGCCUGGCUACAUGAUCGCUCACCCCAUGCAUCCAAAAUACCCGCACAAAGAUAGAAGCAAGGACCACUACAAGGCUAGAGUCUACACUUCGAAUUCGCUCAUGAUCACGGUCCCCUCUUGGCCAUACCAUCAUCUUUACGGUCAAGUAGCCUGGGAGAACACGGAUGUAGACAGGGCUAUCAUCGGAUCAAUGCAAAAUGCUCGCCAUGAAAACAAGGACAGCCCCGAAGAUCGUAAAUGGAAGACCUUCAUCUUGCAGUUUCCUGAUGGGCACGUCUUGUCUUCGAAAGAGAUCUUUGCUGAUGCCGGCGAAGACGAGGAGCUUGACUGUGAGUUUGUGAAUGUUGUCGGAAAGAAAACCGGCCACUGGGAUUGUGUCUUCACCGUUGCUCGCACAGACAUCAAAGGUCAAAAGAAGGGAAAGAUUACCGAUGUUGACAAGAAGAUUAGCAAGAACGCUGCCAAGCUCCAGGCUUUGGGGAUCAGCAGUGACGAGGACGAUGCCGAAGAAGAUAUGGAGUCAAACGCUCCAAAAACGAACCCACAACCUCAGCCGAACCCACAGCCUCAGCCUCAGCCGAACCCACCCUCCGGUCCACCCGACGAUAGCAGCAGUGGGAUUUCACUCAGCGAUCUAGAGCCUGACACGGGCAACAAGGGAGGAGACGAUACAGAUAUUAUUGAUGAGAUGAUGAGCGAUAUGGAAAAAGAGUUGAACGAUGGAAACGAUUUGCUCUUGCAAACUGGAGUGGGGAAAAAGAAACGAUCCAUUACACAAUCAACGGAACAGAGCGAAGUGGAAGGAUUGGCCAACUUUCCCGGUGCCAAAGAUCGACUCGGUCGUCACCAGAACUAG